AUUUUUUAAUCAUCAAAAAGACAAAAGAAAUACCUUUUUAAGGUAAACAAGUCAAAACGAGUUUCACGUUUGUUGUCUCUUUCGUUGGAGAGAAACAGAGGAAAAUGACGACUACUUCAGAAAUUUCUUUUCAAGAAGAAUACGUCACCGACGCCGUUGACCACCGUGGAUUCGCCGCCAGAAGAUCCAAUACCGGUAGAUGGAGAGCCGCCUUCUUCAUAAUCGGUGUGGAGGUUGCGGAGAGGUUCGCUUACUAUGGAAUCGGAUCAAACUUAAUAAGUUAUUUGACUGGACCACUUGGUCAAUCCACGGCGGUAGCCGCCGCUAAUGUCAACGCGUGGUCGGGAGUUGCCACUCUUCUUCCAGUUCUUGGAGCUUUUGUCGCCGACGCUUUUCUUGGUCGGUACCAAACAAUUAUCAUCGCUUCUCUUAUCUACGUCCUGGGAUUGGCAUUUCUGACUUUAUCUGCGUUUCUGAUUCCUAUUAGUACAAGAGAGAAUAGUACGGAAGUGAUCUCUACACCUUCUUCUUUUCUCAACGCACUCUUCUUCUUUUCUCUGUAUUUGGUGGCUAUUGGACAAAGUGGCCACAAGCCUUGUGUUCAAGCUUUUGGUGCUGACCAGUUUGAUGAAAAAGACUCUCAAGAGAUAUCUGACAGAAGCUCCUUCUUCAACUGGUGGUACCUUAGUUUGUCUGCAGGAAUCUGCCUGGCGAUUUUAGUGGUUGUGUACAUCCAGGAAGAGUUCAGCUGGGCAUUUGGGUUUGGAAUCCCAUGUAUGUUCAUGGUGAUCUCUCUUGUUCUUUUCGUGUUAGGGAGAAGGAGUUAUAGGUAUAGUAAAAGAAGACAGGAAGAGGAAAUAAACCCGUUUACGAGGAUAGGUAGAGUCUUCUUUGUAGCAUUCAAGAACCAAAGAUUGAUGAGUUCAUCAGAAUUGUGCAAAGUUGAGCUAGAGGCAAAUACAUCUCAAGAGAAACAGAGGUUUCUCAACAAAGAAUUGCUUGUACCCAAUGAUUCUUCUCAAGGAGAAAACGCAUGCAAGUCUAGUGAUGUCGAAGAUGCCACAGCUCUUAUCAGGCUAAUUCCAGUAUGGCUUACGACUUUGGCUUACGCGAUACCCUACGCGCAGUACAUGACAUUUUUCACUAAGCAAGGCGUCACAAUGGAUAGAACAAUUCUUCCUGGUGUUAAGAUCCCACCCGCUUCUCUUCAGGUCUUUAUCGGCAUAUCAAUUGUCCUCUUUGUCCCCAUCUACGACCGUGUUUUCGUCCCAAUCGCCAGGUCAAUAACCAAAGAUCCUUGUGGCAUCACAACGCUCAAAAGAAUUGGAACAGGAGUUGUACUGUCGACUAUCACUAUGGUAAUUGCAGCUCUGGUUGAGUCAAAGCGGCUGGAGACUGCAAAAGAACACGGGCUUAUAGACCAACCGGAAGCAACUGUUCCAAUGUCGAUAUGGUGGUUACUCCCUCAGUAUUUGUUGCUGGGAUUGGCUGACGUAUACACUUUAGUGGGAAUGCAAGAGUUCUUCUACAGCCAAGUCCCUACUGAGCUGAGAAGCAUCGGUCUCGCGCUUUACUUAAGUGCGUUGGGCGUGGGAAGCUUAUUGAGCAGCUUACUCAUCUCUCUGAUCGACUUGGCCACUGGAGGAGACGCCGGAAAGGCGGAAACAGCUGGUUUAACAGUAAUCUGAACAGAGCCCAUCUUGAUUACUUCUAUUGGUUACUUGCGGUUGUUAGCGCCGUUGGGUUCUUGACGUUCUUGUUCAUUUCCAAGUCGUAUAUCUAUCGUCGUGUGGACAGAGUGUAGUUUCUAAAUGAAAAAAUGCUUCUUUA